UGUACGGAGGGAACGAGCAGAAGUUAUUCGAGGAUUUGUUCACGAAUUACAACAAGCUUGUCCGUCCUGUCUGGAACUCAUCACACGCCAUCAACGUUACACUUACGUUAUCUAUCAACCAAAUCAAUAAUAUGGACGAAAGAAAUCAGGUUUUGACUAUAAACGUAUGGAUAGAACAGCAUUGGGACGAUGAGAAACUAGUCUGGGAUCCAGACGCUUAUGAAGGAAUCGAAAUAUUGCGCAUCCCUGCCACGGAGAUCUGGCUACCUGACGUCACCCUCUACGACAACGCCGAUUCCAACGACUACGUGGCACAUAGUCGCCAGUCCAACGCUCUGGUCAACGCAGAUGGCAGGGUUGACCUCUGGUCCAAGCCGGCCUUGGUCAAGAGCACCUGCAAGAUCGAUGUCAAAUUCUUCCCCUUUGACGAGCAGAUGUGCAGCAUGAAGUUCGGCUCCUGGACCUACAACAGCUUCCAGAUGAGCCUCGACAAGCACACCGAGGCACCCGAUCUCUCGACCUUCGUGAACAACGAGCAAUGGGAUCUCAAAUUCGCCGUCUCGCGGCGUCACAACGUCAAAUACGAGUGCUGUCCCGAACGUUACCAUGACGUCACGUUUUACAUCGGGUUGAGGCGGAAACCGCUCUACUACAUCUACAAUCUGAUCAUGCCUUGUAUUCUGCUUUCGUCGUUGUCUAUGUUGGGUUUCUUUAUGCCUUAUGAUGUGGGUGUUGUGAAGGUCUCCCUCAGUGUUACCCUCAUCUUGUCGCUGACGGUGUUCUUGCUGCUGGUUGCAGAGAUGAUGCCCAGGACGUCGGAACAAGUCCCUCUCAUUGGACAAUAUUACGCUGCCACUAUGUUCCUCAUAUCCCUGUCUACCGCCAUGAAUGUAUUUGUAUUGAACGUCAACGAGCGUGGAAAGAUUGAAGGGCAAGACGUCCCGCGUUGGCUUCGCGUCUUCGCACUCGAUUACAUCGCCAAGGUGCUCUGUGUGCAACCCUGCUCAUCGGGUUCGCGGCGAUCAGGACGUGAUAGCUCCGACUACAGACAAUAUGGCGGCCAUUACACCACGAACAACUUUCAAAAUGGCAGCCACCAGCGAACAGAAACCGGGCAUGCCACAUUAAAUCAAUACAACCAAACGCCCAGUCGAAACAGCAUGCACGUUCGUUUCGGCACGGCGACGACGCCGGGUAAUGAGUCCGAUAUGCUACUCGAAGACCGGGACGUUGGCGGCGGGAUGGGCGAGUUGGAGUCAAUGCAGGACCGGCGCCUGGCACGACUCGAACGAAGCUGCGGCGACAUCUUUAAACAUAUGAAAAACCUGCAAAAGAAGCGGGAGAGACAAAACCAGUUGAAAUCGGACUGGGGCAAAGUGGCACAGGUUCUAGACAGGGUGUUACUAGUAGUAUUCGUAAUCUGUACAACAGCGACAGCUCUGGUUUUGCUUCUCCAGCGAUCACCGGGAGUUGUGGAACCGGCUGACGACUAAAAUCGGAGAUAAUGAUAACUCAAGACUAUUUUGAAUAAUGUUUAUAUUGAUGUGAAGGAGGCAAAUAAGUGAUAACAUUAUGCGAAAUACUUAUCGACGUUGUUGUAAUUUUUGAAAACAAAAGUGAUGCAAAAUAUUGCCGGAAACGCAACUUGGAUAUCAGCAGCAAUCGCUCCGCAGUUCUACAUGUAGUAGCAUUAUUAGCUCAACGGCUGCUUCCAACAGUUAUCUUGAUCAUAUGAAAUGAAGAAGCCGACGAAAUCAGCUCCUACACUAUUAUUGGCAACUAACCACAGCGCAUUAUUAUGCAUUUUAACAAUGUGAGGACGCGAUAAACUUUGUUCAACACAUUUGAGAUUGAUUGAUGCAAUGACUUUAGGGUGACUACAGUAUUGCAACUCAGUGGAAUUCUUUUUGUCUGGAUUCUUUGUUUCUUAUGUUGCAUAAGAAUAAUGAUUUAUUGACAGUUAUUAUUGUUUGUUGUUAUGUUGUUCCUUCCCCAUUUUGACGUCAACUGGAUGAAAGCUAUAUGUCGACCUUGAGCAUGGUAUACAAAGCUAUGUCGUGCGUGGUCUUGCACCGGUUAAAUCUUAAAUGUUGAGAGGCAUGACUGGCAUUUGAAGUAAUUAAAUGGCGAUUGUUUAAUUCACAAUUAAU